AAAGAAAUGAGGAUAGCACUUCCAAAUAGACAGCUUGGAAGUCGAAUCAUGCUCACUACUCAAAAAGUAGACAUAGCCUUCUAUUCUUUUGGAGUAGAAAGCCAUGUUCAUCGUAUUCAACUGUUGGAAAAGAAUGAGGCUUGGGAGCUCUUCAGCAAGAAAGCAUUCUCAACUUACCAUAAUAAACGUUGUCCACCAGAGCUUGAAUCAUCAGCUUGGGAACUUUUGGGGAAAUGCAAAGGCCUAACCCUAGCAAUCGUAGCUUUAGGUGGUCUUAUGUCUUCCAAUGAGUCAUCUAUGGAGUGGAGAAAAGUCUGCAACAGCAUAAAUUGGCAUCUAAUAAAUGAUCAUUUCCUAGAACCUGUGAAGACAAUCUUGUUUCUCAGUUUCAACGAUUUGCCAUAUCGACUGAAACAUUGCUUCCUAUAUUGUUCAAUUUUCCCAGAAGAUUAUUUGAUUCGAGCAGAAAGGCUUAUUAGAUUGUGGAUAGCUGAAGGCUUCAUUGAACAUGUUAAAGGGGUCACACUGGAAGAAGUUUCUGAAAGCUAUCUUAUGGAACUCAAUUUUUGUAGCAUGUUGCAGGUUGUAAGGUGUCCAACCAUAAGACAAGCAUGUAAGAUGCACGAUGUUAUGAGGGAGCUUGCUUUGUCCACAUUAGAAAAAGAAAAGUUUUGUGUUGUCUAUGAUGGGAGAGAAGUAAUGGAAGAAAUCAGAGCUCGUAGUUUGUCAAUUCAAACAUCUGAAGGAGAAAUUAAAGUAUGCAAAGGUAUGUCGCAGCUUCGUUCAUUUCAUGUGUUUGUCACUGGUGUAUUCUCGCCGUCUAUUUUAAGUACAUUGCUUUCUCAAUUCAAAUUGUUGAGGAUUCUAGAUUUGGAGGAUGUACCAAUUGAAGAACUGCCUGAUGGUCUUAUGUACUUAUUCAACUUAAGAUAUUUAAGUUUGAGUAGAACUUCAAUUAAAAAACUUCCAGAAUCCAUAGGACAGCUUUGCAAUCUUCAAACCUUAGACAUCAGCGACACAGAGAUUGAAACACUUCCGAAAGAAAUUGCCAAGUUGGUAAACCUACGCCAUCUAAUUAUGUAUCGAUAUAGUGGAGCAUCUUGGGAAUUUAGAUAUGCUAAAGGGAUUAGAGCACCAUCAAAUAUUUGUAUGUUGAAAAAAUUGCAAGUUUUGUCAUUUGUUGAAUCAGACUCAGAAGGAAACUUUUUAAAACUUGUUGGGAACAUGACCCAACUUACUCACAUUGGCAUUACAAAUGUAAAAGGAAGUAAUGAGAUGAACCUUUGUGCUUCCAUUCAAAAGAUGAAGCUCCUUCGCUACCUGUAUUUAUUGGUAACAAGUGAAGAGGAAUUUCUUCGAAUCGAUGCACUUGCUUCUCUUCCAGGUCCUCUGCCACACCUUCAAAGGCUUCUUUUGAGCGGCAAACUAGAAACUGUACCAAGUUGGUUUGCUUCACUCAGGAGCCUCACAGAUAUCAGUCUACGUUGGUCUAGACUUAAAGAAGAUCUACUACCACACAUUGAAGCACUGCCCUGUCUUAGAAGGCUUAUCCUUGUUAAUGCCUUUGUUGGGAAUGAGUUGUGCUUCAAUAUAGGCUUUGCAAGGCUCACACAUCUGGAGUUGCUUAAUUUCCCCUUCUUGAAAAACAUAACAAUAGAAGAAGGUGUGAUGCCGAAACUCCAGUUGUUAAUACUUCAUUGCUGCAUGAAAUUAAAGGCAUUACCACAUGGUCUUGAAUUCCUUAGGAAUCUAGAAACAUUGAGAUUGGGGUCUGUUCCGAUCAAAAUUAUAGAAAAUAUACGAGAAGGAGGCGUGGAUCAUCCAAAGGUACAACACAUCUGCGAAAUUGACCAAAUUUACAAAACAUCAUCUGCGACUUCUUCUGCAAGGUGAAAGCUCGCCCCACUAUUCUUUCCCCACACCGUAAGUUUUCUGUCCUUCCGUUGACUUUCCAAAGCUUAAUCUUCUUAGAUCCUUUAACUACUGUUAUAUAAGCCACUUCUCAUUUACAAGUCUGUUAUAUGUGCAUUCAUUUUAUUUUGAUUAUGGUAUUGCUCUGUCUCG